UGUUUUUACCGGUAGUCAAACUCUCUUCCCUUUUACAGAUCUAAAAACGAGGCAAUAUGCAGUUUCCUGGCCUUCCCAGGGCUCUACAGUGAAGGAGGACAUCAGAAAGACACAGGGAGAAUCUAAUGUGACACCCGUGAGUCCCAGACAGUUUGGUGGUGAUGACGAUGCUAUUCACUGCCACGUGAAAGACAAGGAUUGGUUUCCUAGCAACAGGCUGAAGGCGGAGUCGGCUCCAGAGAGCCACACCCCAGAGCAGAGGGGGAGUGGUGACAUGUCUUUCCCUCUCCCAGAGUCCCCAGGUCGUGCCUCUCCCGCUGUUGCCUUACUGUGGGGUCUGAAGAGGGUGUCUGUGCGGCUGGUCGACUGCAGGAAAACACCGGGUCUGCGUGGAACUGUGAGAGGAGAAGAAGAGGGAGAUUCAGAUUCAAGUGAAAGACCAGACUCAGAGGAACCAGAACCAGAGCCAGAGACAUCCAAACCAGUAAGACGACACCACUGCUCCCAGUGUGGAAAGAGUUUUACCAGGUUAGGGUCCUUGAAAAGGCAUGAAGGAAUACACGCAGGAGAGGAGACUUACCACUGCUCCCAGUGUGGAAAGAGUUUUACCAGGUUAUUUAGCCUGAAACGACAUGAGAUGAUACACACGGGAGAAAAGCCUUUCCACUGCGCCCAGUGUGGAAAGAGUUUUACCCGGUUAUGGCACCUGCAAAUGGAUGAGAGAAGGCACCGAGGAGAGAAGUUUUCCGCUGCUCCGAUUGUGGAAAGAGUUUUACCCAAUUAGGGAGCCUGAAAGAACAUGAGAGAAUGCACACAGGAGAAAAGCCCUUCCACUGCUCCCUUUGCGGAAAGCGU